AUGUGUAGAGGGAAGAGAAGAGAGAACGAAGAGCGAAGGCAGGGGAGAAAUAUGGAACUAAAUAUUGCUGGCAGGUCCUCUGUAGUAGUUAUGGGGCUUGAUGGAGCAACCAUAGAGAAGUAUCCGAUGACCCGCAUUGGUGAUAGUGGAAGACUGCCCGACCCGAACAACAACGUGUGCUCUAUAUGUCUCAGUGACUACCAACCCGAGGACACGUUAAGGACUAUCCCAGAUUGCAAUCACUACUUUCACGCCCAAUGCAUAGAUGGAUGGCUCCGCAUGAAUGCUACUUGUCCCUUGUGUCGAAAAUUACCCCACUCUUAA